UUGUUUUAUUCGACCACGAUCUCAGGAUUCAGGAGUUGUAAAAAUACGACGGUCACCGUUCAGUACUGACCAGACGAAACCACGAUGCUAAACCCCAUCACUUUAACCCGGAAACCACCUCUCCCCUUCAGUUCUCUUGGGUUUUCCGGUAACCACACUUCUUAUUUUGGUAGAAAGACUCGAACUGAAGCUGGUUCGAGCAGGGCUCUUUCGUUUGGGUACAAAAAUGCUGGUUCACUGAAUUAUGGUCGCAGCUAUUGGUCUGGACGUUCCGGGACUGGGUUUGGGCAUCUGGGUCGGGUCUCUUCGGUCUCAGGUGGAAGUUCAGGUGGCUCCGGCGGGUUAGGUGGUUCAGGUGGUGGCGGUGAUGGUUCCGGCGGUGGAGGUGAAGGUAGCGGCGGAGAUGGGAAGAAGUGGUCAUUCCUCUCAUGGUACCUGGCUCUUCUAUCAGAUUCUCCUGUUUUGACCAAAGCUGUGACCUCAGCACUUUUGACUCUCAUUGGAGACUUGAUUUGUCAGCUUACAAUCGAUAAGACCUCAUCGCUGGACAAGAAGAGGACACUCACCUUCACCGCCUUGGGCUUAGGGCUUGUCGGUCCGGCAUUGCAUUUCUGGUAUUUGUAUUUGAGCAAAGUGGUGACAGCUUCCGGAUUAUCAGGCGCAGUUAUACGACUUUUACUUGAUCAGUUUGUUUUUGCUCCUGUAUUUGUUGGAGUUUUCUUAUCAGCAGUUGUGACACUUGAAGGAAAACCAUCAAAUGUCAUACCGAAGCUACAACAGGAGUGGACUGGUGCAGUGCUAGCAAAUUGGCAGCUAUGGAUACCAUUUCAGUUUCUUAACUUCAGAUUUGUUCCACAAAACUUCCAGGUGCUGGCUUCAAACGUAGUAGCUUUGGCUUGGAAUGUGAUUCUAUCGUUCAAAGCUCACAAAGAAGUUGUUGCAAAAUAGGCAUGUUUCUUACCUUAAAGCCUACAGGUGUUAUUGGGUUGCGUAUGAUCGGCAGAGUUUUGGGGCAACGUUCUUGUCUGCUGAUGUUACUGUUUAGUGCUUCGAAACAAAUCUUUCGGAAUCCUGCACUUGCGUUUUAUUAGUGUAGAAACAAGCUUGUCUUCAAAGCUCUUUUAAUAUCAUCAAUCUUUCAUUA